AUGGGUGAGCCUGAGCGACCCGAGUUAGCCGUGAAAGAAAGCAGAAGUGCAAAAAAUGUCGCACAAAAAAUGUCGCAGUAAGCCUGGCUAUUUAUUAGUACUGAUUUGGACCGACUUCAAAAAUGUUAAGAAAAUCGGAAAAAAAUCCGCAAAAAAUCCAGGCACGCCGCAAAAAAUCGACUUUGUGCUGCGGCUGCUAACGUCCACAAGCGAAGCAAAGUAGCGCGAAACGAAGUCGGUUGCCCGCGUUCUCGAAGCUCGAGAAUGCGCCAACUCGGUCUCGCGGCAGUUUUUGCCGGUGUCCUCAGGCGUUAGGCCCCACCCUGGAGCAUCCGGGCUGUCAGAAAGAUUCCCGCAGCCGGGUUGGGGACGCCGGGUUGUCAUAUUCCGCCCGGCGGGCGGUGCUCACAAAAUCGCUUUUGUGAGUACUCGCGGACAGAUUCGAUUUUGUGCGCACCCUUCCGGUACGCUUCUCAAAGAUGCCCUAUCCUCGGGCGGGGCCACACAAUCCGCGCGUGGUCGCAAAUCGAUUUUACCAACACAAAUGCCGGAAAAUCCGGCAAAAGCUGCAAAAUUGAUUGCGUGGGGCGAAGUCGCAGAGGACGGGCCUCUGCCCGCCUUGGAUCGAUGUUUCGGUCGCACGCUACAGGCUCAGGGAUGAUCGCGAAUUCCAGAACUUGCGCCCCGAUGAAGUUCCGCGCAUUCACCGUGUUGGCCCAGCGUAAAAACCAAUGAGAAUUCCCGAGAUUGUGGAUUUACAUCCGGGCCCUAGUUCUGAAAAGCCGCGGGAGUGGCAUGGGCCCCGUCUGCGUGUUCUGAGCUCCGUAGAGGCGCCAGGAACAGGCUCUCGGCUGGCGCGGGGGUCGCAAAAUCGAUUUUGUGAACAAGGCAGCCCUCGGUGGGUGCCGCGGCUCAGUCCUCGACAGCCGCUGGGCGCUUGGGGCGCAGAGUCGGGGACUUUAGUCACUUCAGGCUCGCAGAAUUGUCUGUGGGUUCAAUCACCCGAGGCGCGCAAAAUCGAUUUUGCUGGCCCGCUCCUUGUGCGGUGUCUGCGUGAGUGGUGGCGCGGGCACAAGAGGUGGUGGGCCUGCUAUGUGGGCAAGGUAGGUGGCAGUCCGGCUGCUUGGCAAAAUCGAUUUUCCAACUUCCUGAAAAUCCAGAGGUUCAAGUGUUCCGGAAGUCCGCGCGUUGGACUUUCCGGGACUGCCGAAAAAUCGAUUUUCCGGGUUCCGGAAAUUCCGGAAAUUCUAAAAAAUCCGGAGUUUGCGAAAAAUCCGGAAUUUUCCGAAAUCGAAAAUCGAGAUCGGGACAUCAGCAAGUCCUCGAAAUCGAAAACCGAGGCGGAAAAUCGCUUUUCUGCUUCAUUGCUACGGAGAACGGACCAAACCUGGUCCAUACCAUCGGCGGAGGCAGUUGCUUACUAUCCAGUUGGUAAUCUGCUGCCAAAAAUCCGAGCGCUUGCAUUUUCAAGAGAUUCGGAGGCGCACCAAAGUCGAUUUUCUGUGUGCCAAAAGUGCGCCCAAGUGUGCGCCAAAAGUGCGCAGGAGUUACUAUUCAAUAGUAACGAAGACGGACCAAACCUGGUCCAUACCAUGGGCGGAGGCAGUUGGUUACUAUUCAAUAGUAAUUACUAUUUUGCUCGGGACGCAACACAAAACAAAUCGUAUUUUUGUGUGCGACACCUCGAGUGCGACUGCCUUCGGAUUUUUUUUGGAUUUUUGGCAGCAGAUUACCAACUGGAUAGUAAGCAACUGCCUCCGCCGAUGGUAUGGACCAGGUUUGGUCCGAUCUCGCUACUAUUGAAUAGUAAUGGAGGCACGACAUCGAUUUUCUGCUAUUUUCUAGGAAGCUUUAUUUUCCGGAAGUCGGAAAAUCCGGACCGCAGCGAUCUCCCGAGAUCUUUCCGGAAGUCCAGAUCUCUUCGGAAAAUCGAAUGUCCGGCAAGGUGCCGACGUUGUCCAUAGGGUUGAGGGGCUGCAGAAUCGAUUUUGUGGCCGGUAGGGCUCGUUGCCCGUACCUCAUAGGGCGCGGGCUGGGACGGGGGUUGGUAAGGCAUUGGCGUGGGAGACUGCAUCCGCGAAGAAAGGGCGGACGCACAAAAUCGAUUUUGUGGGAGAUCCGCUAAGGCGCAUAGCGGGAUGGAAGCUCUCCCCCCUAGUCCGUCGGCCCGGCGGAUUGCGUGGCGCGCCGCCUCGAUAUUGAGCCACGCAGCCGCUCGAUUCGGUCGGACCUGGGAAGCUGCGAAAUCGAUUUUGUGUGGUCGGGCGAUUGUGUGGCCUUCGACAGCGAUUGCGCGACCCACAACGGCGAACCUGUGGCCAGCACAAAGCCGACCUUUUGGUCGGCGCUGCGUUCUGGGGGAAUGGAAAAUCGAUUUUGUGCAAUCUGCGGGAUUGCGCGUCUGGAGGAGGGGUUUUGUGCAAUCCGCGCCUCCGUGAUUCGAUUUUGUGCAAUCUGCGUUCUGUGCGAUGCAAAAUCGAUUUUGUGGAAUGCAAAGUCGAUUUUGCGGGAUUCGGUUUUGUGCAAUGCAAAGCCGUGAUGUGGUUUUGUGCAAUGCAAAAUCGAUUUUGUGCAAUGCAAAAUCGAUUUUGUGCAAUGCUAAAUCGAUUUUGCGGGAUUCGGUUUUGUGCAUAUGCAAAAUCGAUUUUGUGCAAUCCGCGUCUGAGGGAAUGCAAAAUCUAUUUUGUGCAAUGCAAAAUCGGGACUAGGUUUUGUGCAAUGCAAAAUCGAUCUUGUCCAAUGCAAAAUCGAUUUUGUGCAAUGCAAGAUCGAUUUUGCGGCAUUCGGUUUUGUGCAAUGCAAAAUCGAUUUUGUGCAAUGCAAGAUCGAUUUUGCGGCAUUCGGUUUUGUGCAAUGCAAAAUCGAUUUUGUGCAAUGCAAAAUCGGGCUUCGGUUUUGUGCAACGCAAAAUCGAUUUUGUGCAAUGCAAAAUCGAUUUUGUGCAAUGCAAAAUCGAUUUUGCGGGAUUCGGUUUCGUGCAAUCAUGCAAAAUCGAUUUUGUGCAAUCCGCGUCUGCGGGAAUGCACAAUCGAUUUUGAGCAAUGCAAAAUUCGGGAAUCGGGAAUCGCCCCCCUUAGGUUGGUUGGCUCUGGCCUCUACAGUUUCGCCGCGCCACCGGAUUUUUUUUCGAUUUUCUUGGCCGAUAAAAAGUUGGUCCAAAUCACUACCAAUAUUUAAAACUGAAAAAGUCACAACGCUUUGUGCAAUUAUGAUUUACAACUACUUUACUUUCUAUACUACACUUUGCAACAAGAACAAGUCAAUUUACUCGUUACAACUUCAACAAACAACGGAAAUUACUGAACCAAUUAUAGUCAGAAAAAGAACAGCUUUUUACUCAAACCAAAUACUAGACUCAAUGGCGAUAGCAGUUCCAAGUUUCGGGAAUCAGUUUUUUCACUCUUCUUGCACAGGUUCGCUAAGUAGUUUCAGAUAAAAAUUCAAAGAAUUUACAGAAUCAACAACAAUGACCGUCGCGGCCUCCAAAGUCGUUUCUUGCAUUGUUUUUGAAAAAAUGAAUCUGCCCUACGCUACUUUUUACGACUGAAUGUACACUGGGAAUAGGAGGCCAGCAGUCAAAUUUUGAAGGAUUUGUCACGAAUUUAUUGGUCACCAAGUGACAUUGACUGAACAAAGCUACCGUGUAUUUUUCAUGGACAUGAACAUAGAUGGCAAAUGCGCAAGAAAAAAGAAAAAUAAAACAGAAAAGCACACAGUGCUGACAGUUAGUUACUACAAGCUCUUCAAUGAAUUCAUGGGCAAUUAGGACACGGAGGCAUAUAUUGUCGAAAGAACCGCGAAUAGAGAGCUAACUACCUGAUUUCGUUUUCGUGGACAAAGAAGGAGAGAAAGCGACUCCUCGUGUGAAAACGGUUUUACAUGAGUUUUUUCUUCCUCUGUUUCAUCUGCAUUCAGCGUCAUCGACCGAGCGCAUACUUAG